CCCUCACUCACUCAGUCUCUUGUGGCUCGUGCAUCUAAAGGCUUCGUUCUGAGCUGCGAUGGAAUGGAUUACCUUAAUUCUUUUUGUGACUAUUGGGAUUAUUUCUUUUCAUCUUGUCUUUGAUAAAAAUCAUCCCAAUGUUCCUCCAUGCAUAAGAGGAUGGAUACCAUGGUUUGGUGCAGCCUUUGAAUUUGGCAAAGCUCCUUUGCAUUUCAUCCAGCAAGCCAGAGCCAAAUAUGGCCCAGUUUUCACAGUUUUAGCUGCUGGAAAGAGACUGACAUUUGUAACCCUAAAUGAGGACUUCCGAGCUUUUUUCACAUCCAAAUAUGUUGAUUUUGAACAAGGAGUACAAGAGCCUGUUUACAACACAGCUUCUAUCAGCAAAGAGAGUUUCUAUAAGUGCCAUCCGGCCUGUAUAGCCAUAAUCAAGAACAGACUGACUCCAGGCAACAUAGCAAUACUCUCCAGCCAUCUUUGUGAAGAAUUUAAUGACCAUUUGGAGAGCCUUGGAAACAACGGAUCUGGACAGCUAAAUGAGCUAAUCAAGAAUGUUAUGUAUCCAGCAGUGAUGAGCAACUUACUAGGCAGGUGUAACUCUCCCAGCUGUGCAUUUACCAAGCAGGAGUUCCUGGAGAAAUUCACAAAAUAUGAUGAUGGAUUUGAGUAUGGAUCCCAGCUCCCAGACAUGUUCUUGAAGGAAUGGGCAAAAUCAAAGCAAUGGCUCAUUUCUUUGCUGAGAAAUAUGAUUAUCAAGGCAGAGGAGACACUCUACAGUGAGAAUGGUGGAAAGACUUUACUACAGCACCUUGCCAUGUCAAUAACAGACAAAUAUCUGCCCAAUUAUGGCGUACUUAUGCUUUGGGCUUCCCUAGCAAAUGCUAUACCAAUAACAUUUUGGGCCAUUGCUUUUAUUUUGUCCAAUCCUGUAGCAUAUAAAAUUGCUAUGGAUCAGAUCAGUGCUGCACUCAUUGACCAAGACAAGGAGAAGACAAAGGUGACCCUAGAUGACUUACAGCAGAUGCCAUAUUUAAAGUGGUGUAUCAUGGAAGCCAUUCGGCUGAGGGCCCCCGGAGCAAUUACUCGUAAAGUAGUGCGACCCCUCAAAUUACAGAAUUACAUUAUUCCAUCAGGAGACAUGUUAAUGUUGUCUCCUUAUUGGGCUCACCGAAACCCUAAGCUUUUCCCAGACCCAGAGGAUUUCAAACCUGAACGAUGGGAAAAGGCAGAUUUAGAAAAGAAUGUCUUCUUGGAAGGGUUUGUGGCAUUUGGAGGGGGAAAAAAUCAGUGCCCAGGAAGGUGGUAUGCCAUAAUGGAAUUGCAUAUGUUUGUGGCCCUGAUCCUAUACAAGUUUGAAUUUACUUUGUUGGAUGCAGUACCUAAACCGAGCCCUCUGCACUUGGUGGGAACCCAGCAGCCAGAAGGACCCUGUACAGUAAGAUACAAGCAUAGAUAGAGCAUUCACAUUCAGACAGCUGUGUGGUGCUGCUUUAGAGAUUUGUUGACAGUCUUGACUCCAGAGCUGCACAGGUCAAAUCACGAGGUUAGCUUCAGAGGUUUGAAGCAUCAGUGUGAAUUUCUAACUUUUAGUCACCUGAACAAAGGAAAAUAUAAUAUUCCUGUAAAGGAAACCAGAAGGUACUAAAAUGCUAUAGGUGUUUUAAAGGAAUAUUCCGGGUUAUCUAAUAGAAGUUUAUCUCAGUCGACAACAUUUGUGGCAUAAUAUUGAUUACCAGAAAAAUUAUUUUGCCUCAUCCCUCUUUUUCUAGAGGGAGGCACUGUGAGGCACUUACAAUGAAAGUGAAUGGGGCCAAUUUUUGGAGGAUUUAAAAGCAGAAAUAUGAAGCUUAUAAUUUUAUAAAAACACUUACAUUAGUUCUUCUGAUAAAACUUGUGUAUUAUUUGAGCUGUAAAGUUGUUUAAAUCAUCAUUUUUGUGGCAGACUGCUAAUUUACUGGGAUAACAGGGUUUACAUUGUUACAUCAUCAUGGCAAUGAAGCUGUAAAAUUGGAUAUAAAAGGUUAAUAAGUGAUUUUAGCCCACUAAAAUUAUGUUAACUAGCAUCAUGUUUAUAUCUCGUGGCUAUACUUUUGAAACAGUGAGUAUCUGAAUGUUAAUGAAUUGGCCCCAUUCACUUCCAUUUAAAUGUCUCAUUGUAACCUGUAUUUUUGCUUCUUCUUUUUUUAAGUAAAGUCGAAAGUAACAAUUGUGGUAAGUAACAUUAUGUCACAAAAGAUGCUGACAGAGCUUAAUAUUGUAUAUAGUGAACAUGGAAUAUUUCUUUAAAGGUACACAGAUGAUUAUUUAAUUCCAUUAGUGAAAGUAUUAGAUCUAUUAUUAUCUCGGGGGUUAUUGAGAUAAAAAGAGUAAUAUUUGGCUGGUCAUAUGAUUUCAACAUGGCAGGCAACAUGGGGCGACCUGUUCCAUGUAAAAUUAAACUCUUUUAUUAGGCUACUGAUAUAACUAAUAUGGUAACUUGAUUUUAAACAGAUUUCAAAAGCAGCCUACCAUUCAUUUCUUUAUGUGUAAAAAUGUUUAAUGAGGCAAAAAUACUUUUAAUUGCAAAUAGUGCACAUUUAAGAUACUUGCUCUUACAUAUAUUACAAUUUUAUUGGACCUCUUAUAUAAGUGAUGGCAUAAUAGAGAUGAUAUAUUUCAGAAAGCAUGCUGCUGUGGAAAAUCCUCUCCCUGACUGAGAGACUUUAUCAUAUUCAGGAAAUAUGUGAUAAACUAAAUUAAGGUUCAUGUGUUGCAGUGUGUGACUGCAGUCAUAUAUUACAGCUAAACAUCUCAUACUUGAAAUGGACAAAGUAAAGACAAAGUUUAUAGACAAUAUAACUAAGUGGUGGUUCUCUUUUGUGAAGCAGAAAUAGCACAUUAUUUCACCUAUAAACACUGCUUUAGCCGUGCUUCUUUUCUUCAUUGGUGAAAAGGAUUGUUCCUAUAAACACAUCUGUCUUUUAGUCUGAAAGUUCUUAAUUGCAUCUGUGUGAAAGCAUUUGGGCUAAAACAUAUAUAAGUUAGAUUUAAUAAUUUGAUGUUCUUGCAUGCAUCCUAUGGAAAGACAUUGGAAUAGUUUUUAGAUAAUUGAAUUUUGAUUCCAUCAAAUGGCAUCACUGGUGUAAUAUACAUUUUGUAAGAACAAAACAUCUUUGUGCUGCUUUAGUGGUGAGUUUAAUUGUGUUUCAAUAAAGAAACUGUUUUGUUGCAUCA